GCAAGGGUAAACUUUUGCAGUCAAGUCAUUCUGCUAAUGCCCUUAACUGCUUCAGAGGAUCCUAGAAGCUACAAAUAUGUCUACUGAGCUUCCUGCAACAACAGUGGUUACAGAAAUGGACACUUUCACAGUUUCUCAGACAAACAGUUCCACCUGUGACUUAUAUGAGCACAAAGAUACAGCACGUAUACUACUGUCUGUCUUCUACAGCUCCAUCUUAAUUCUUGGGGUGCUUGGAAACUCCAUUGCCCUCACCGUCAUUUUUAAAAACAGAAAGAAGAUCAACUCCACUACCCUCUAUUCAACAAAUCUUGUCUUCUCUGAUCUCCUGUUUUGUAUUGCCUUACCUACAAGGGUAGCCUACUACGCCCUGGGAUUUCACUGGCCUUUUGGAGAAGCAUUAUGUCGAAUAACCGCUCUCUUGUUCUAUGUCAACACGUACGCAGGUGUCAACUUCAUGACGUGUUUGAGCAUUGACAGGUUUUUUGCUGUUGUCCACCCCUUCCAAUACAAGAUCAGAAGGAUGAAAUAUGCCAAGGGCAUUUGUGUCUUUAUCUGGUUUCUUGUGUUUAGUCAAACCUUCCCGUUACUUAUACAACCCAUGUCACAGGAAGAAGAAGAAAGGACUACGUGUAUGGAAUAUCCAAACUUUGAAAAAAUAGCACAUCUACCAUUUAUACUUCUUGCUGCCUGUUUAGUAGGGUACCUUAUUCCCCUGGGGAUUAUAUUAUUUUGUUACUCUCAAAUUAGCUGCAAACUUUUUCAAACAGCCAAGGAAAAUCCACUGACUGAAAAAUCGGGAAUAAACAAAAAAGCCAUUAAUACAAUCAUAUUUGUAAUUAUAGUGUUCAUCAUCUGCUUUACUCCUUAUCACGUUGCAAUCAUACAACAUAUGAUUAAGAAGCUUCAGAGUGAACCCUCAUGCACAGAAAAGAAAAUUUUCCAGAAGUCACUCCAUUAUACCGUGUUUCUGAUGAAUUUUAACUGCUGCCUAGAUCCUUUCAUCUACUUCUUUGCAUGCAAAGGAUACAAGAGAACUGUAAUGAAAAUACUGAGACGACAAGUGAGUGUAUCAAUUUCAAGUGCUGCCAGGUCACACCAUGAAGAAAGCUCACGUGACGUGGGAGAAACGCAAAUGAUGGUACUUGCAAAAUCUUCCAAUGGAAAGCUACCUGAAAAAUAAAGCCUCCAGUACACCAGAGUCGAGUGAGCUCAAAAAUCCAGGGUCCACAGUAAAAACUCUUAGGGAUCCCUGUACAGAAACUAAAGCCAGAUUCUGGUUUUCAGGGUGUCAGGAAAUCGAAGAGUGAUGUUAGACUGAAAAAGAACUGUCAGAGGGCAGCAGGAAAACUCAGCAUUAUAAGUUCCUAGCUGUAUCAUUUUGACUGAUCUCAUUUUUUUUUUUUCCCAGGAAACAUGCACCAUUGCAAAUGUUCCAAUUCCAUAAUGAACAUGGUAUCCCUGGGUGUUAUGAACUCAAGCAAAGACUUGAUUCACAGUUUGUGUGUCCAACAAAGGGUUGAACACAGAUAGCUUACAAUUCACAGUGAUUACAAGCAGAACAAGUGAAAAUUGCAAGAUCUCCAGCUGAUCUCCAAUUAAAGCAAUGGUUUUGUUUGCCAAGUCACACAAGCAAAAGAAAUUUAACUUUGAGAUAAAAUGGACAAUUUCUGAUCACAUUUGACUACCACAAGUGCUUAGUUUAUAGCCUUUUUAAAGGUGAAACGUCAUUUUAUAGUAUUUGGAGAAGGAAUGUCUUAUUGGACAAUUUGUACAGAUAACAUUGUCAAAUGUAAUAGAUGAAAAGUUAAUGAACUGUUUGGUUCUCCCCAACACUGAAUAUCUUCUGUAUGUUAAAUCAGUCAUCUUUACAAGGUGUAUUAUUUCUUUACUCCUUAUCCUAAAGGAGACCUUUCCUUUCUGAUGUGUAUUGUAAAAAGUCUUUACUCUAGUUGUAUAUAAAUUAUUUAUAAACACAACAAAAUAAGUUGAAGCAAGAGAUUGUAAUAUGAAAACUGCACCAUUUCAGUUAAAGGAGCAGUGUUACAGAGUUCGUCAGAACUUCUGCUGAAGUCAGAAAUGGACACAAGACAUUUUAGAAACAGGAAUGCUUGUUCACAGUUGAAGCCAACAAAAGGUAGAUUAAUGGCUUCAUCUCAAUGGUGUGAGAUGGCCACCUCUUUUAAGCACUGUUUACCUGAGAGAUCAGUAAAUGAGAACAGUAGGAAAGAAUAAGCUUUCCCAAUAUGCCUUCACACUGCGUAACUGGGUUCCCUUUGGGCACACUGAAACUGUGUGAAAAGACCAAAUGACUUAAAUACAUCCUGCUGGAAUCUGCUCAAUACCAGCUGAGUAUCCAGGAUGCAAGCCCCAAGUUCCUGUUGUCUUGCCCUUUCAUCAUGUGUCCAUUUCCUUCCCCACUUCAUUCCUGACCACUCUGUCUUUUCUUUUGUCUUCUAGCUUAUUAAUAUGCCUUCACCUGCCAACAUAACUCAGUAAUUGCACCAUGAGGUUAUGAUGGAAAAGGAAAAUUAAGGUGCUUGAUAAUUACUGGUAAAAGCUAUGCCAAAUGUCAGAAUAAAUGUUAUUUAUGGCAGCUGUAUCUCUCUGGCAUUGAGGUUGUAGUGGAAGUCAAACACCACAGUUAAAUUUGUCAUCUUUGCAAUUCCUUCCUUCCUCACAUGUCGACCUCUGCCUACCUGCAAAUAUGGAAGGGUCAUAUCCAAAGAGCAGUACGGAAACAUUACAUUAACAAUUACUUUCUGUGAGAAAGAAGAUGCUAAGGGCUCUGUAUUUAAUACUGCUUUGAUUGUCAGAGUUGAGUUUCCAGUUACAAAAGACACUAUGCAACUACAAGAAAAUGGAGCAAAAAAAAAAAAUCUAACAGGAGUUCUACUUAAUUCUCUAUGCUAUAGAAGUUCUGGUCUUCUCAGCUUUUUAAAUAAACUAUUUUUAAAUAUUAUUUAAGAAUUUGUUCCUAUUGGAGCAAGCAAAUGUUAACAGGAUAAACUCACAGAUGGUUUAUGAAUAUCUAGAAGCUGUAGAAAUAAAAUAUAUGUAUUAUUAACAUCA